AUGCACGUACACUCACAUACCAACCCCGACAGUCCCCUAGGAGAGGAUGUCUUCCCUGAGAAGAUCAUUGUUGACGUACGUGAUCUAGGCCUGUUAGUGGAAUCCGUUAUCGGCUCAGGCGAACUACACAUCCCAGAGGUGUAUAAAAAGGGGUCCAUGAGUAAAAUCCUCCCGCUCUACGGCACACGGGGCUUGGAGGGCAAAAUCAGGCUAACCAUCAGUAUAGCUCGGGCCACUAUCGCAAUGACAAACGACGGAUCGUCUGCGAGGGACAACGCGAGCACACAACCCCAUCGCAAGCAAGUACAACUGUCAGCGCUGACCAGUCCGGGCGCAGGCUCUGCACACAGCACCACAGGACAGUCGAGCACCGUGCACGCUACUGCAAGGGCCAUGUCACUUGGAGGCGAUACGAACAGAUACAAACAACAGUACAUGGACAACCAGCAACGACAGACCACCUAUGGAUCAACCACGCAGAAGCGAGGGACUAACCACCACCAAUACACACCCCAACCCCAACCCCAACCCCAACACCAACACCAACACAUACACCAACAGCAACAGCAACAGCAACACCAACAGUGGGCUACAGGAAUUCAGAAUCAGCAACAGACGCAGCAACAGCAAGCGUAUGCACAGACAGGGAUGGGGGGUGGCGAUAGGGCGGAUGGGGGUAUCA